AUGCGGAACAUCAUUUGGGCCCUACUGGGCUUGGCCGUGGUGCCCCAGGCGCUCGCAGGCGAUACCCUGUCCACCAACGGGUUCGACCUGUGUAUGACCGAUUCCACCAUCAAAGUCCAGAAAUUGGACGUCUCCUACUCUCGCUCCUCGCAAGUCUUGACCUUUGACGUGGCUGGUACCAGCGCCAAAGAACAAUACGUGACUGCGACCUUGUCCGUCACUGCCUACGGGAACAACAUCUACAGCAAAGAAUUUGACCCUUGCGGCACGGAAAUCCAUGUUUCCCAGCUCUGCCCGGUCCCUAAGCAGGGAUUCCAGGCUCAGGGAUCGUAUCAGGUUCCAUCCGAAUAUGCAAGCCAGAUCCCGGCUAUCGCAUUCCAAAUGCCCGACUUGGAUGGUCAAGCCAAGUUGGUGCUCACUUCGAACGACAGUUCCAAUGUGGCUUGUGUCGAGUCCACCUUGUCCAACGGUCACACUACCAGCGUCAAGGCCGUCACCUACGUUUCCGCUGGUAUCGCAGCUGGCGCUCUAGCGCUGACUGGAAUCUCUGCCAUUGGAUCUGCUGGAGCUGCUGGAGCACCGUCUGCCAGUCCUGGGUUCGGUGAUGUAAUGGGCUGGUUCCAUUCCAUGGCCACCAACGGCAUGCUCAGUGUUAGCUACCCGACUGUGUACACCAGCUUCUCGAAGAAUUUUAUGUGGAGUACUGGUCUGAUCCCCUGGUCUGGUAUGCAAAACUCUAUUGACAGCUUUCGGAAAUCGACUGGCGGUAAUUUGACCGAGGAGAGCUAUGUCUUCCUGAAUAACGCUUCUCUGACAAGCAGCAGUUCGUCGAGCAAUACCACGAAACGUAGCUUGGAAUAUGCGAUUCAUUUCGGUGAAUUUGUCGCUCGCUCCGUUGACACAUCAUCUGAUGCCAGUGUCUCAAACAGCUCUUCCAGCGACGAUACCAGCUCGACGAUCAGCAGUUUGAAAAAGCUCUCCGAAGAACUCAUGAUACCUUCUGCCAAUAUCUUCAUGACUGUUCUUCUCAUAUUCGCCAUUGUUGUUGCUGUUGUCAUCGUCGGCAUCCUUCUGGUCAAGGUCAUUCUCGAACUAUGGGCGCUGUACGGCAGCUUCCCCAACAAACUUACUGACUUCCGCAAAGACUACUGGGGCAUAAUGGCGCGUACAAUCACCAACAUGAUUCUUGUGCUCUACAGCAUCUGGGUGUUAUACUGUGUCUACCAACUACGAAACGGUGACUCAUGGGCAGCAAAACUGCUAGCAGCUAUCACCCUCGCUGUCUUUACCUCCGUCCUUCUAUUUUUCGCUAUUCGCAUCGUCUACAUGGCUCGCAAAUACAAGAAGGCCGAGGGCGACACUGACAGUCUGUACGAAAACAAGGAGACCUGGAAGAAGUACAGUUUGUUCUACGAUAACUACAAGAAAGAUUUCUGGUGGAUUUUCAUCCCAAUCAUCUUCUACGCCUUGGCAAAGGGCUGCAUCAUCGCUGGAGCAGAAGGUCACGGCCUAGUCCAAAGUGCAGGCCAAUUGGUCUGUGAAGCCAUCCUUUUGAUCAUCCUGGUCUGGAACCGCCCCUACGCGACCAAGUCCUCCAUGGGAAUCAACAUUGCCGUCCAGGUCGUCCGUGUUCUAUCCAUUUGUUGUGUCCUUGUCUUCGUUGAGGAGCUUGGUCUUUCUCAGACCACCAAGACCGUCACCGGCAUUGUCCUCAUCGUCGUGCAGUCUACCCUUACUGCCGUCCUUGCCAUCCUCAUUGCGGUCAACGCAGUCAUCACCUGCUGCCGCGAGAACCCUCACGCCCGACGCAGAAGAGAAGCUGAAAAAGCAAACCGCGACCUCGACGAUCUUACCCCCUUGGACGCCCGAGAAUCUCUCCUCAUGGAGCACCCCAAGCGCAAGGACUAUGCCGAGAUGAGCGACUUCAACUUCAAUGCCCCAUAUGCACCCUACCACGAUGCACCCCGCCGAACAAGGUCCAACAGCAGCCACGAUGGCUUGGUCAGAAACGACUACGGUGUAUCACAUGGUCGCAGAUCAAGCCGUGAUAGCAGCCAAUCGCGCAGCUCUAUCGAAGGCCGCCAUCCCACUAAGCCUGGUUAUGGUAUGGCGUAUUAA